GAUCGAUAGAAUGAGAGUUAGUCAUAAAACCAGCCCGAAAAAUCUAACACAAUUAGUCAAAGUCAAUAAGUCCCCGGGCAAGUUUAAUAAAUUUCUAUUGAGUGUUUAAAAAAUCGGAAUGAUGGACUUCAAUGUUAAAAAAUUGGUGAAAGAUGCGGGUGCAGCCCUGAGUCGAGUUGUUCAGCUCACAGAGGAGACCCUGGGGACAUCCGAAAAAACCGAGCUCGAUGCACAUUUCGAACAUUUGGCUGACAGGGCCAACAUGACGAAGAGUUGGACAGAAAAAAUACUGAGGAACAUGGAGGCCAUGCUGACCCCUAAUCCAGGGAACAGAAUCGAGGAUUUCUUCUACGAGAAGAUCGACAAGAAGAAGCCCAACAGACUGAGUAAUUUGGAGUACGUCGGACAGGACAUGAUCGAAGCGGGCAGCGAAUUUGGACCAGGAAUAGCUUAUGGUGCGGCUCUGAUAAAAGUUGGACAGUGUCAGCAAAAAUUGGGACAGAUCGAGCGAGAUUUCAUCGGUACAGCAGCCAAUUGUUACAUCCAGCCUCUUCGUAAAUUCCUGGAUGGAGAGAUGAAGACGAUAAGCAAAGAAAUGGCAAUACUGGAGACAAAGCGUCUGGACUUGGACGCAUGUAAGAACCGAGUGAGAAAAGCGAGGAGUAUGCUGGGACAGCAGAGUGAUUCCGGAGUAUCCCCGGAAGUGCUGUUGGAUCAGGCAGAGAGAGAGUUGAGGAUAGCCCAGUCAGAAUUCGAUAGACAAUCAGAGAUAACGAAGCUGUUGCUGGAGGGUGUGUCGAGCUCUCAAGCUGGUCAUCUUCGUUGUCUCCAUGAGUUCGCAGAGGCUCAGGCCCGACAUUAUGCCCAGUGUCAUGCCACCAUGCAGGAGUUACAACGAGAAUUAGCAGGUUUGACAGGGAGUUCUUAUCAUCCCGUCGACCAUCAGACACCAGAGACUACCGAAAAUGAAGUAGAUCGAGCCAGAGUUCUUUGUGAUUACGAGGCAAGGGACACGAGUGAAUUGAAUCUCGCACGAGACGAGGUGAUCUCUGUAAGUGAAAUAUCAGGGGACGAGGACUAUCUGAUGGGCUUCAGGGGGAUUGAAAAGGGAAAAGUACCCAGAGCAUUUAUCGAGAGGAUUUCCUCAAAUUAAUGGCACGUGCUGUUCGUUAUAUUCAAUUAAUUAUCGUCAUUAAGUACAAACGUGUUCGAGUUGUGCAAUUAAUAUUCUACAAAUUCCAAGAUAUCGAUUCCAUUGUUUCAAUGAUUGAGAAAUAAUUAAAAAAUUCUAUUAAAAGCAAAUAAAUCAUUGCAACUCUUCUCGUGUUCCUAAAAUCGUAAUUAAUGCAUAAAAAAUUCUUAAUUAACGAAUCAAACCGACGAUUCUAGGAUUCUCAGGUAUUAAACAACGAAUGCAUUUGCGUUCAUCAGAUAAUGUAUAUAAGGAAAAAUAAAUCGAUUGUCGAGUGAGAAAGUGUUUUGAAAUUCGUGAAGCAUGUGACUUCCACACCUUCUAUCUCGAUACCGAGGGGUUUUACGAGAAAAUACCGAAGGAAUUUUUUGCAGGAAAUUUCAUGGGCAAUAAAAAAG